UCGUGGUUUGGGGUUCUCGUAGCGGGUCUGAAAUGAAUCGCGAGAAGUUCUCGGUUCAUCUUAGCGACAUAACGCGAUGGCUUCACCUAAAGGGGCAGUAAUUACAGUUGUAGGAAGUGGUCUGAUUGGCCGUUCCUGGGCUAUGGUGUUCUUGAGUGGCGGGUACAAGGUUAAGCUCUAUGACAGCCAGCCUGGACAAGCGUCCAAGGCCAUCACAGAGAUCAGGACGCAGGUUUUGGAGCUUCAGGAAGCCCAAAUGCUGCGAGGAAAGCUCAGCGCUUCGGAGCAGCUGGCGCUUCUCAGCAGUCACGAUGACCUUUCACAGGCACUAGAGGGCGCAUUUUUUGUUCAGGAGUGUGUGUAUGAGGAUCUAGAGACCAAGCAGGCUGUCUUCCAGGCGGUGGAACGUCAUGUGGGCGAGGGUGUUGUCCUCAGCAGCUCCACUUCCUGUCUGAUGCCCAGCAGUGUCUUCUCUCUGGUCCAGAACCGCACUCGCUGUCUCGUAGCCCACCCGGUAAACCCGCCGUACUAUGUACGCCUGGUGGAGCUGGUUCCUCACCCCGAAACCCUCCAUGUGGUUAUGGAUACGGCGCGUGACCUGAUGACUGAGGUGGGCCAGGCACCUGUCUGCCUCAGAAAGGAGAUUGAUGGGUUUGCGCUGAACCGUGUCCAGUACGCCAUCAUAGCGGAGUGCUGGAGACUGGUCAAAGAUGACAUCAUCUCAGUGAAGGAUAUUGAUCUGGUGAUGUCAGAGGGGUUAGGCAUGCGCUACGCUUUCAUUGGUCCUAUUGAAACCAUGCAUCUCAAUGCACCUGAAGGUCUUGAAGACUAUCUUACACGCUACCGCUUUGGCAUGAGUAGAGUCCUGUCUAGUUUCGGGCCCGUUCCUGAGUUCGACGGAGAGGCCGCAGCUCGAAUCAGUAAAGAAAUCUGUGAGCUCAUCCCCGGUGACCAGGAGCACCUGUCUGCCAGGAGAGAGAGAAGGGACCAGCUGUUGAUGGAGCUGGCCAAGCUUAAGAAAUGAACGCCCGAGAUCCCCACUGCGUAGUGGGACACAGCGAGCCAGGCUGGACAGGGAUAUGAAGCGGAGACAACGACAGGGGACUGCGUGUACCUCCAUCCUCAGGAGUGGCGUUCUGACACCGAGGGCAAAUGAGUUCUAGAGCAACAGAACUGUCAGUUUAAAUUCUUUUGAUUGUUCCAGUGAGGUUUGAUUUAUGGAUGGAAACUAUGGCUGUAAGGCUUGAAAGAUAUUAGUUUCCUUAAAUAAUUAACACUUGUUUAAAUAUGCUGCCACUUUUGUAACUAAACUCACAAUUAAAGAGAAAACGGGA